CCGGUUCCGCGCGGCCGCCCGGCCUAAUCAGAUCCAUUUUGCAUUUAGCCCCACACGACGAUGUCAAUAAUUGGCCGGCUGCAAUCGUGCUCGACGCUCGUCACCCGCUCGCUGCUCCCGCAAGUUUCGAUCCGUUUGUUUGCUUCCGGCGUUGCCAAGGCCAUGGAAAAGCACCAGGUUGUUCCGGACGUGAUUCCGGUGGCCCCGGCCGAGCUGGCCAAGGUGAGUUACGCAAGCGGUGUCUCGGUCAACGAGGGCAACGAGUUGACUCCGACUCAGGUUAAGGAAAUGCCGAAGGUAGAGUGGAACGCGGACGGUUCCGCGCUGUACACGCUGUGUAUGACCGAUCCGGACGCGCCCAGCCGGAAGGAACCGACGUACCGCGAGUGGCACCACUGGCUGGUGGGAAACAUUCCGGGGGCGGACGUCGCGAAGGGAGAGACGCUUUCGGAGUAUGUUGGAUCUGGCCCGCCGGAGGGAACCGGACUGCACCGUUACGUGUUUCUGGUGUACAAGCAGAACGGCAAGCUGAGUUUCGACGAGCCACGGCUGACGAAUCGUAGUGGAGAUAACCGGGGUGGAUUCUCCAUUGCCAAGUUUGCCGAAAAGUACAAGCUGGGAAAUCCCGUCGCGGGUAACUUUUACCAGGCCCAGUGGGACGAUUAUGUCCCCAUCCUGUACAAGCAGCUGGGAGCGUAGGAGGGCGGGAGGAAUCUGUGUCGAUUCGUCGGAGAUGCGGCUUUGAAAGCGAAAAUUGGUUAUCUGUUUUUUGUAGAAUGUGCUAGAAGCAUUUAAAAAUGAAAAAUAAAUUGGUAUGAUAAUGUGA